AUGACGAGCACAAGGCACGUGCUUCUUGCAGUCGAUGGUAAUGAGUACAGCGAACGCGCUUUCUACUGGUACAUUCGGCACUUGGCUAAGCCGGGCGAUCAGCUGGCCCUUCUGCAAAUCCUGCCACACCAUAAUGCUCCGGCAACUGAAGAACUUGUCUCUUACGAUCAACAGCCCGCCAGGGACGGAAGCAAUCGAGACCAGAUCCUUAAGGCUCAAAACCUGUACAAUGACUAUGGGGAGCGCCUGAUGUGCACUAUUCAGCAAGAUCCGGCGCUUAGCGACUUCCUGAAAGAUCAGAUGACCUACCGUGCUUACGUGAAGCGUAGCAGCAACAUCGGUGCUGGCAUAGUCGACACACAAAACCGUCUUGGUGUGGACAUAAUAGUGAUGGGCACGCGCUCUUUAAAUAUGCUGAAGCGGACUUUUCUAGGCAGUGUUAGUGAUUAUGUACUUCAUCACGCCACCGUCCCUGUAGCUGUGGUCCCACCACCAGCAGAACACGAAUGA